AUGUCAUUUUUUCCAAUUUAUCGUUUUCGUGAUUUCGAUGAUCCAUUUGAUCGUUACUUUGGUGAUCAACUGGAUUUCUUUGAUCCAUGGCGUGAUUUUGAAACAUUUCCAACAGCUCUUUCUAUUCGACCAAAUGCUUUUCGAUGGAUUAAUGAACCUUCACGUUUACCACGUCAUCAUCAUCAUCAUCAUCAUCACGGUACUCAACCAACAUCAUCAACACCACAUGCAGAAAAAUUUCGUGUACAACUUAA